GUUUUGUAAGUCCGAGCAAAGGCGACGAUGGAAAAUUGGCUCCGUCACUCAAAAUCCUUGCUUUGUCUCCGCUCGUACUAAACGCCUCCAGUGACUAUGGCGUCCACAGGCGCCGAUAAGCUGGAAAAGUCCAGCUCUGCUCCUCCCCCUUUAGAAGACUUAGCGCCUGAUAGCCUGUUGGAAACUGAGCUCGAUCGUCCUAUUCCAACCAAGCAUGUCUCCGCGCCCGCAUAUCACAGCCCGCUUCGACACCAUUCCCGAGUACCGUCUACGCCGAGACGACAUGUAAAAGAAACACUCAAUGCACGUUCGCAGUAUAGCAAUAGCGGAGACGAUGGCACUGCUGAGCACCGAAUCAACCAAUACCUUAUCAAAGAAGAGAUUGGAAGAGGCUCCUUUGGCGCAGUUCACGUUGCGGUCGACCAGUUUGGGAAUGAGUAUGCUGUCAAAGAAUUUUCGAAGUCACGGCUGCGGAAGCGAGCACAAUCAAACCUACUUCGAACGGCGAAGUCGAGGCCUGUGCCUGGUCAUUACACAGCCAAGAAAAACUUUAACUCCCCUCUGCACAGGCGAGAACCAGGCAAGACCACGAACUCCUUGGAUCUUAUUCGAGAAGAGAUUGCUAUAAUGAAGAAACUAAACCAUCCCAAUGUGGUUAACCUCAUUGAAGUACUAGAUGAUCCUGACGAGGAUUCACUGUAUAUGGUUAUGGAAAUGUGCAAGAAGGGCGUUGUCAUGCAUGUUGGACUUGACCAGACGGCAGAUCCCUAUGAUGAAGAGCAAUGUCGUUUGUGGUUCCGAGAUAUGGUGUUGGGUCUAGAGUAUCUUCAUGCCCAAGGGAUCAUACACCGUGACAUUAAGCCAGACAAUUGUUUGAUAACCAGUGACGAUACACUAAAGUUCGUCGAUUUUGGGGUCUCAGAAAUGUUUGAGAAAGACUCUGACAUGAAUACUGCCAAGUCUGCAGGCUCACCCGCUUUCAUGCCUCCAGAACUAUGCAUUGCUAAGCAUGGGGAAGUGUCUGGCAGAGCUUGCGAUAUCUGGUCAAUGGGCGUUACGCUGUACUGCCUACGCUACGGUCGCAUUCCUUUCGAGAAAGCUGGCAUGCUCGAUCUUUACGAAAGCAUCAAGCACGAUAGUUUCGAACUUGAUCCGAAUUGUGGCGAAGAUUUUCGAGACCUCAUGACACGACUUUUGGAGAAGGAUGCCGACAAACGUAUCCGUAUAGAAGAAAUAAGAGAGCAUCCGUGGGUAACAAGAGGCGGUAUAGAUCCGCUGUUACCUCGGGAAGAGAACAUAGCUGCGCUGAUUGAACCACCGACGGAGGAGGAACUUGACAAUGCUAUUACUGGCAAUAUGGGCCGACUGUUGGUUGUUCUCAAGGCGGCUAAGCGCUUUAAGCAACUGCUUUCGAGAAAGCGACCGGACCUAAUGGAAGGUAUUUUUGGUAACUCGAGCAAAUUUGUCCAACCGCCGCUGAGCAUUAAUCCUUUGUGGCGAUCUCGCAGCGCCAACUUUGAGGACAAGAAAUCGACAGAAUAUCCUGUUCUUGACGAUGGCACACAUCGAGAGGUCAACGUUACAGAAAAUGUCAAGAAAUCGUCCGAAGAUCUAAACAAAACUGCUUCUGUCAGCUCGGGAACACCUUCUACGGACCUAGAGCUUGCUGGCACUAAACUAGAGCCAGAUUUGGCAGCAAAGAGUUUUCUAAUCCCAAUACACACGCCUGUUUCAAGGCAGACUGGACGUGGUCAAGCUCAUGACCCCCUUGAAGAUACUCUGUACCUUGGAAUCGGUACUGGGGCAGAUGCUCAAGUGCAAGAAGGCCCAUUUCCAGCAGUGAGCGAAUCGCCAAGUGCUGCUGAAUUCAACGUCUACGAAAGAGCCUACCAGGAAGAGGUUGAUCGCAUUGUCGGUAAACAAGAAGAUAAGACAAGUCAUCCUACGCUCUUUCUCACGAGACGCGUUGAACACAUCAAAGACUUGCGGAAUAAUGAACACAUCGUGGAUCAUCUAAAGUCCAAGGUCCCUGAAGCGGCUAACGUUGCAUUCAAAAAGCUUGUCGAGCAAGCCAAGUCAAAUGUUGAAUACGCCACAGCUAUAGCUACAUCUGCAACCACGAUCUCAGAUCCCAAGGCUGACCCCGCACCAAGUGGAGGCCUCAAGAAAAUAAUCGAGCAAGCCAAGGAGAACUAUGAGGCCGCCUCGAGCAAAUUCUCGACAGCAACUUCAACUGGAUCACAGGAGGAGCCUACAAAGCCCAAGUUUGGUUUCACCAAACUAAUCGGAAAGGCUCGAGAACAAAUUGAGGCCGCCAGGCCAACCAAGAGCGCGAUAGAAGAGCCCAUGUAAUUACGCAAUUGAAACCGGGAAACGAGGUCGGUCCAAUUUGGAGGAGGCAGCUGUGUCUCGUGAUGAUCUAGACAAUAGCGGGGCAUUAAGCUCCCACAAUUAUAGUGCGAAAGGCACACGAGCAAAUUUGGAGCCGGAAAUCGCGCGAAACAAGCAAGAUAUCACGAAAUUUACCGUCACCUCUGCGUCCUCAAUUAGGUAUUUAGUAGUCCUCACAGGUACUGGCCGGUCGUAUCCGACCGCGGCGAGGCAUUCUGUCGUUCUUCCAACAUGAAAUUUCUGCGUUAGAGGGAGAUUGGCGGCUACUGAGGGUAUGGACAUAGUCGUCGCUGACUAGAACCCCUGAAAAGGCAUCACUCCCAUACUAAGACUGAUGCAACCAAGGAGUGUGGUAUUUGAAUAUAUGAGUUACCCGAAAUGCAAUAUGCCGACAAGUCGCAGGAGAAUCGCCGGCAGGAAUACCGGCUGGCUAGCAUUCAUGAUCUGCUAAAACGCAAGCACGUGUGCGGUAUUUAUUUCUAGCCUCUCACUGCAGCACGCCGUUACCGCCUGUCCGGGUCAAAUGGAGCUUCGGCAUUGGAUGCAGAGAGAACGACGAACGGCUGGUGAGAUCCCGACAUGAAGUAAGAAGACCUAGCUGGUUUUUGUUUCGUUCUGCUGUACAAGUACGAUGCAUGCGGGGAAGUAGAUGCAUAUGCGGGGCUAGGAUGUUCCAAUGAUACCUGCAGGGAUUUUUCUGAUGGACGUAGUGAGCAUUGCGUCGGAGCGCAUGCUCAUGAUCGUUAGAUUAAUGUACUUCAGUGCUUUGUCUCCGACGAAUUGGCACCAGUCCAUAACCGAGUUCCCAUGUACAUGCGACAGCUUGAGCUCCGAAGGAGACUAUGCAGCUUUGGAUGCCUCAAAGUGGUAACUUGCACUUCGCAAUUCCCAGCUCUCCUGCCGACAGAAUGGCGCAUCUCAACGGCAUUGACGGGGCACAAUUCGUAAAUUUGACGGAGAAGUGCCGUUAUAGGAUGAAAUUUUCGACCUCCGUCGAAGGUAGGAUGCACAGUUGAGAAGACUAGCUGCAAAGCUUGGUUGACACUGGCGACUCGCUGUUUCAUUGGAGUGGUCAUGCAGAUGAGUUGCAGUAGCACGUGCAAAUCUGAUGCCUUUGGAGGACUCGCUACUACGGCACGGGAUAAUUGUGCGGUGUGCUUGGAUGGAGCGUCGUGUGUGAGCACUGUAUAUAUCUGAUUUAUGCUGGGGAAAAUUGGCGUCGCCGUUCGUCAAGACAUGGACGCUGCCCGCAAAGCGGCGGCUUGAGCAGGGCCAUCAAACGGGUAGUUGUACGCGUCUUGUCUGCAGCUCUGCCGACGGUAAGCACAGCGACUAGAUGAUGGAAUGUCCGGCAAGGUCUCCGAACAUGGUUCAGCAUCACGCUGUGCUAGAAGGUACGCGCGUGCGUGCACGCAACAUAUGGGACAGGAUGGACGGAGAAGGUGGAUUUUUUUCCUUGGGACGGUUGCCAGUCUCAUC